GCCAUUGGCUGUUGGCAGCCCGGCCUCCCGGAAGUGCGGGCAUCGCCCUGGGCGUCUUGGUGGUGGCGAGUGAAGUUUCGGGAGUUGGGGCUCGCGCUGAGGGUGUCUGUCAGCGGCGCUGUUCGGCGGCUUGACGUCCCCAGACGCUGUGCGUUGCGCCGGUGCACCCCAGGAAUUAGUUGCGGAGCUCCAGCCUGGGACAAUGGUGUGCAUUCCUUGCAUCGUCAUUCCAGUCCUGCUCUGGAUCUUUAAAAAGUUCCUGGAGCCGUAUAUAUACCCUGUGUUCAAUCGCUUAUGGCCUAAAAAGCCUAUACAGCAAUCCGGCGAUAAGAAUGCGGGCAACUGCAAGGGUGCCGGUACAAAUGGAUUACCCACCAAAGGACCAACAGAAGUCUCUGAUAAAAAGAAAGACUAGUGUGGUUCUCUCGAAGGCCCCUGGCUGUUUCCAAAUGGACCCGAUAAUUUGAAGCACCUUCUUUGUCUCUGACUUUUUUCUCUGAGACCAGGAUUCUAGAUAAAUAGUUUAGCUUCCACCUGAUACCGAUCAGGGAGUACAUGGUAUUUAUAUUUAAAAUUCCAGUAGUUAUAUUUAAUGAUCUCACCCCAAGUCUCUUUUUCAUUAAAGUAGCUUUCGUUUCUAUUAUUCCGACUUACUAAUAUGAACGACAAGAAGGCCUGUGCGAGCCUGUGCGAGCCGACACCCAGGGCCAGUCGUGACCCUUCACGUUCUUUCUCACGAGUUUGUGAUUUUCACUUCCUGUGGGCUCCUGAGUGGGAUGAGUCUUAGUGCAAAACAGUGCAGGUCCCCGGGAUGCGAUGGAAAGAUGUGAUCACCAACAAAGGCGAUGGCGAGUGAACAGUGGAGAGUGGUCACCGCUCCAAGGAAGUCGGGAAAGGAAGAGGGGCAGCUUCUUUGAAAAUGUGACAUCAACAUUGUGGUCAGUCACACCACUUCUACUCUCUGUACUUCUAGGCCUGACAAUGUAUUAAAUAUCCUUUUAACUUGUG